AUGGGGAAUUGCUUCGGUAAAACGAGGCCCCAAUCCUAUGCUGCCACUGAGACAGAAAAUGUCAGAUAUCCUCCACCUUCUCGUGCUGUUGUAUCUAAUGGCAUUACUUCACCUAUUGUUUCUUCAGCCUCACCUAGAAAGCCACUACAUCCAAUAAUUAAAUAUCAAGUUCAACCUACUCAAAUAGAGCAUGACGUCCACUCUGUAGUCACCUAUAAUCCUCCUGCUCCAACCCAACAAACACCUAAUGGACGCAGUCAGAUUCGCGUCCGCGCCCUUUAUUCAUAUACUAGGCACAACCAUGAUGACCUUAACUUUGAAAAGGGCGAUGUCAUGGUGGUACUUUCGGAUAUUUCUGAUGCUUGGUGGCUCGCCACUCAUACAGUCACAGGUGCCAUAGGUUACAUUCCAAGUAAUUAUGUCGUCAUUGAUGAUGGGAAACCAACGAGUCUUGAUGCAUGGUUUGACAUAAGCCGACGCGAUGCUGAUCGGAAAUUGCUCCCUGGAGGAAUUAUUAAAGGCGCAUAUAUUAUAAGACCCAGUUCAGAUCCGCGUCAUUAUGCCCUCUCAGUUCGACAUUUCGACACAGAAAAGAAUAUGUAUGUCGUAAAACAUUACAAAAUACGUAGUCUGGACAAUAAUGCAGGCUACUUUAUUAGCUCUCGUACUACGUUUCCAAAUAUUGGCGAGCUUAUUGAAUAUUAUCGGAUUGUACUUUCAAUUCUCGUCUAA